UCAACGUUACCUCCACCACUUCAUUUCGUAACGAUUGGACAUGGUAAUUACUCUUAGACAUUGAUUGUACUAUAAUGCAAAGAGCUCUACGGAAUUAUACGAAGACUGCCGAAGUGCCAUUUUAUUAUUGGUUGCAUCAUGGUUAUAGCUGACUUCCGUCUACAAUAGUGCGUGAAGGGCGUUUGAGACUUGGGCGAAAUGUUUUGUCCAGGCUGUGGUAAACGUCCGAAAGAAAGCUGGAAGUAUUGUUUAUAUUGCGGCACGACGUUACCAGUGUUACAAGAUGAAUCAGGCGAAGAAGAAAUUGAAGCAAUUUCGUCGCUGAACAUUCAAGAUGAUAGUGAAUCCGAUGAAGAGCCGAGCGGGGCAGAAGCUUCACGUAUUGAUGCAGUGGGAACAAUUCCUAUUGCACAAAGUGAACAGUCUGUACUGCUGCUUCUAGGUAGAGACUGCAUAUACUUCACACAAAACCUGUGCGCUCUUUCCAACUCCGAGGGUGAACUAUUUGACCACACCUCGCAGCCAUACAAACACCGGGAUAACAACAGAAUAACACAAAAAUACGAGGAUUAUGAGUUGGGAAGUGAUUUUCUUGAUGAUCUUGAUAUGAUAUCGGAUGAGGAAACAGAGGAAUACAAACAAUUACAGAAGGAAACGGGAUACGCAGCUCUUCGUGAAAAAUUAGAAGACACAAUAAAUGGAUGGAAAAAAGUCCAAAUAAAUAUUGCUGUAACAGGAGAAGUUGGCGCAGGGAAGUCGUCAUUUAUCAACUCUAUCAGGGGUUUAAUGGCUGAUGACCCUGGGGCAGCUGAUGUUGGCGCGGUCAAAAGGACUUUGAAGCCGACAUCUUACGCACAACCCGACAAUCCAAAUCUUCAGGUUUGGGAUUUGCCUGGAGUAGGAACGUCAACCUUCACACGGGAGAAUUACUUGCAGGAAGUAGGUUUUAGUCGCUUUGACUUUGUUUUGCUCCUGUCGUCUUCGCGAUUUAAGGAAAAUGACAUUUGGCUCGCAAAGGAAAUUCUUAGGUUGGAGCCAAAUUUUAACUUGUUCUUUGUAAGAACGAAGAUCGACGAUGAUCUUCGCGCCGCCGAUAGGUCACGCCGCAAAAUUAAGACCGCCAAAGAUAAACAAGAAUUGCUACAGAUUGUGAAACGAGAUGUAAUGAGAAAUCUGCUGAAUGAAAGGAUAUCGAACGCAAAAAUAUAUCUGAUCGAUAACAAUGACACAAACGCCUUCGAAUUUAGUACAAUUGUCGAUAUACUGAUCCAAAAGGUCUCCGCUCUUAAAAGGGAGGCAAUGAUCAUGUCCCUGCCUGGUAUUACAAACGAAGUUGUUCAAUACAAGCUCGCUAUUUUAAAAAGUAGAAUAAGCUCGGUUACUAAACCCGCGGCAAUUGCAGCAGUCUAUGCAAACACGGACACAAACAAGUAUCCGGCAGAAAUAGAGGUGUUGCUAGAGGAGUGCAGAUUUUAUCGUUCGCAGCUAGGACUCAAUACAAAAUCGCUUGAAAUCAUCGCAAAACGUCUUGAAAUUGAGCUCAAAGAACUGCUGGUUACAUUGUCAAUGAAAUCAUACGUAUACGUGGAUUGUGAGGAUAGGUUUGCCCAGUAUUAUUCAGGGUUUGAAAAAGUUGAACCAAGCAAAUGGUAUUCAUUACCACUCAUUGGAAACAUGUUAAAAGUUCGAACUUACCAGAGGCAAUUUGCAGUUUUUCUGAAAACAUUCCUUGACAUGUGUGCAAGAGAAACGCAUGACCUACAGAUGCAUAUGGUCAUGACCUUAGAGUGACCCGAGUUUUAGAGGCUGGACAAGGAAGCCAAAUGUCAUUUUCCUUAAAACUGUCGAAUGCAAAUAAAGAAACUUAUGCUUUAUACUCUUAGCUUGAAAACAGUUUUGUGUGAAAGGAUGUUAUACAAAUUGUUGCAAAUUGUUACAUUACAUAAUUAUGCAAAUAACAUUUGUUAUGUUUGUGAAUAUUUCUAUUGUUUGAUUAAUGAUAGAUAGUUACGACUGCUGAGCUUAUACCUGCAGUUUCUAUUGCAUACUGAUUAUAUAAAUUAUGCAAUUCACGAUUUUUUUUCUUUCUUACACUGAAUGAGCUUCAAGGGGAAUAAUAUAGGAUUUCGUCAAUCAGAAGACCAUCUUAUUUGUCAGAUCCAUCGACAUGCACUAUAUCCGAUCAAUCCAUUGGUAUUGAGGGCAAAUAUAAAAUAAUCUUAUGAACUAUUUCGGCUUUUAAAAUAUCUUUUUUUAUUUUAUUGAAUAGAGAAAUUACACUAUUUUUGUUAAUUUGGUUCGCAUGAUUGUUGCAAAACAUUAGAUAAAAUAUAAAUGGCUUUGUACAGUCAUUCUGUGUCACGAAAUAAAAUUCUUGUUUGAAGAUUUAUCUCAUGUUGUCUGUGUUCCAGUAGAACCAUCUAAGUUUGUCGAAUCGAUAUUCUACACGAAAUGUAGGUAAUUUUAGAAAAUGUAUGAAGCCAAAUUGAUCUCGUCGUCUUGCUGUCAAAUAAUAAAGAAUCGUGUGAACAAUUAUGGCUUUUAAAUGUAUUUGUUUUGUUUUGUUAAAGAAUUAUUACACAUUGUUGUGUCAGUUUUGUACGCAUAAUUAAAGGCACAACUUUAAUCACAAAAUAAAACUUCUAUACUUAUUCUAUAUUUGCUGUUUGUGAAAGAAUGUUGCGUCUUUGCUUGUUGUGUAUUUCUCUAGAAUUUUAUUUAAAUAGUUUAACUCCUGUAAGUUAAUGGUUUAUAGGUAUAUCGUUUAAAACUUGUCUUGUCUCUAUCUCGUCUAAAUGUAUACGAUAUUGACUUGCGCAUUGCCAUUCUGCGAUGUUUUGUUAAAUCAGUGUUGUUUUUAAAUGUAUGUUAUCGACAUUAUUUGAAUAAUUAAUUUACAAUAAGUAUCAGUGUGUGUAUACCACGUGAUAAAUUACGUCAUAUAUGCUACGUCGGAAGGCAAUAUU